AUGCCUUCUAUAGGGCGCCUUGCGCUCUAUCAAGCUGCGUUCUUCGUAGUAGCCGCCCUAAAAGCUGCAGCUGAAGAAACAUUUAUCUCUGCUCUUGAGGCAUGUCCACAACUGUGUUCAGAGGUUGGUAACAAACCUGCCGACUGGACAGUUUAUGAUAGUGUGGAGCGCUUGAACUCUUGUAAUCAACCUCUCUUACUCGACUUUGCUAUCUUCAAUCCCCUUGAUAGCCCAGACACCACCGUCAGAAUCGGCGCCUGUACUAUUGAUAACAGUCAAAACGCCAAACGCCAAGAAAUUGUCGUGAAUACCUGUCAAGAAAACGGCCAGACAGAAGCUGCCGUUUCCCUCGCAUCUUCUGGUACUAGAGACUCUGGUAAAUCCCGCGAUGUCAUCACGGCCGCAAAGCAAGUUCAAAACUUUCUCAAGACGACCGAAAACUGUGGAACUGUCAUCAAUUUUGGUUACUCGAAUAAAACCGUAGUCGGCUUGUAUGUUGGCGGAAACGUUCAAAACAAGGUUGCUGCAGAUGCUUUUGUCCAAAAGUUCAUUGACCAGAUUCAAUCCGGUGGUAUUGCCGAGACGACUCUCGCCCAAUACUGCGGCCCUGAUUCCGAUUAUGUGCUCGGUAUAGUUGUGAACACUAAAGGAGACCUCGCCAACGUCCAGCGUGUUGUUAGAAGCUGGAGUGACUCUGCAUGUGUAACUGGUUUAGAACGAGAAACAAAAGAAUGGACCAAGUUGAAACUAAAAGUUGCUAAUUCAGCAAUUCUCGCAGCCAACAAGGGCGUCUCCCCUGCGAAAAACUACAGGGCCAAGAGCAAUUGGCAAAAAUAUAAACUCGGGCCCAGAGCAACCUGCAGCUACAUCAAAGUCGUUUCUGGUGACUCCUGCGCAACAUUAGCUUCAAAAUGCAAAAUUACCGGAGCAAAGUUCAUGUCGUAUAACACCAAAGCCAAUCUUUGCUCCACUCUCGCUGUCGGGCAGCCGGUGUGCUGUAAUUCGGGCACUUUACCCGAUCUCAGGCCAAAGCCACUUGCCGACGGUACUUGUGCAUCGGUUGUCGUAAAGUCGGGUAACUACUGUGCAGCUAUAGCAGCUUCCAAUGGCCUCACUGUUGCCAACCUUGAAACUUUUAACAAACAGACGUGGGGUUGGACAGGAUGCAAUAAUCUUCUGGCAGGCAUCAGGAUGUGCCUCAGCACUGGAAAUCCACCCAUGCCCGCAGCUGUUUCUAACGCACUUUGCGGACCCCAAGUUCCGGGCUCGAAGCCCCCUGCCGCAGGAAAAACACUCGCCUCCCUCAAUCCUUGCAAGUUAAACGCCUGUUGCAAUAUCUGGGGCCAAUGUGGUACUACCUCCGACUUCUGCACCAUUUCGAAGUCGCCUACUGGUGCCCCGGGUACGUCGGCUCCUGGAGUAAACGGAUGUAUCUCAAACUGCGGAACCGAUGUUAUCAAAGCUGCUAAGCCAGCCAACUUCUUCUCUAUUGCAUAUUACGAAGCCUGGGCCCCCAAGAGACCUUGUCUCCAGAUGCCAGUCGACCUCAUCGACAAGAGCAAAUACACUCACAUUCAUUACGCCUUCGCAGAAAUCACCACAGACUUCAAGGUUGACAUUUCUGGUGUUCAAGGGGAAUGGGAUCGUUUUAAGAAAAUGACUGGUAUCAAAAAGAUCAUAUCCUUCGGUGGUUGGUCCUUCUCGACCGAACAAGACUCUUAUCCCAUCUUCCGGGAAGCUGUCACAGACGCUCACCGUCAAACAUUUGCGACCAAUGCUGUGAACUUCCUCAAACAGCACAAUCUCGAUGGACUCGACUUCGAUUGGGAGUAUCCUGGUGCACCAGAUAUUCCUGGAAUUCCACCAGGUGGAAAGAACGAUGGUGCUAACUACUUGAAGUUCCUCAAAAUGGUCCGUGCUAUUCUACCUGCCGGAAAAACACUGUCAAUUGCGGUCCCAGCAUCAUUCUGGUAUCUACAAGGCUUCCAUCCCCUCAAGGACUUUGCACCAGUAUUGGAUUAUGUCAUUUAUAUGACAUACGAUCUUCAUGGUCAGUGGGACUACGGUAAUAAGUGGUCCUCUCCGGGAUGCCCUGCCGGUAACUGUCUUCGCUCUCAUGUCAAUACUACAGAAACUUUAAACGCUCUAUCCAUGAUUACCAAAGCUGGUAUUCCGUCUAACAAAGUUAUCGUCGGCGUCUCCAGUUACGGUCGAUCCUUCAAGAUGACUAAAGCUGGAUGCACAGGUCCAAUGUGCACCUUCACUGGACCAGCAUCAGGCGCAAUGCCAGGGCGAUGUACGGGAACUCGGGGUUACAUUUCAAAUGCUGAAAUCGGCGAAAUUCUUCGCCUGAACCCGAGCGCCAAAAAGCUUUACGAUACGGAGUCGACGUCAGAUAUUGUCGUCUUUAAUAAUACCGAAUGGGUCGCAUACAUGGAUGACAAGAACAAGGCUGGCAGAACAAGCUGGUAUAGAUCGUCUUUGAACAUGGGUGGUAUCACUGAUUGGGCUGUUGACUUACAAGCUUUCGUCAGUCGCCCACCGGUUCCGACAACUACACCGAAACCAACGACGACCACUACAAAAUCAACAACCACCACUACAAAACCACCUGCGACGCCUACCCUUGCGCCUUGCGAUAAGAAUUACAAUACUUUAGAUGAGAUCAAUAACGACAAGAACAAUAUACCCGACCGCUGCAUGAACAUCUACCUACUCAAAGCCCAGGCGAACAGCUUAGAGAAGGCUAUUAGUGAUUACGAAAACAUAUUGGCCGACGACUAUCAAAGAAAAUGGUGGCUCUACUUUAGAUACGUCAACAACACUCUUGUCCCAGAGUUUAUUCCUUGGGUCCUAGUAAAUUCAAACACGUACUUCAACUGCUACAGACCAUUCUCAACUGGCGAUGAGCAAGUUAGUUGUCCGAGAGCACGUCCGACCUGGCAUGAUAACACUGUCGAACCAUCUAUUAAAUGGGUUCUGAAGGAUGAGGCCGUCUGGAAGCGAGAUGUCAGUGACCAGACUGGAAUGGACCCAAGUUGGUUCGAUUUCAAGGAUAUACCAUCAGAUAAGCCACCACAUGGGCCCUGCGGCGAAGCCUGUACAAUGUACUGGUACGGGUUCCCAGUCUUAGACGAGAGUCGUCUCGCCCCAAGUCCUGCAAGGUUGAUUCGAGAAUCCAUUGACAACCUAAAGGUUUUGGUUCAAGUGUUCCGAGACGUCGCGCGGGAUGGUAACGCAACCGAAAUUAAAGAUGCGCUUGCGGCGUCUGAGGUUCCAGUCUUUAUGACCCAAACAGCCAUUGAGUCCAUGAGAAAAAUCAUCGAGAUGGCAGACGAAAUCAUCGAACAGGAUAAGCAAACUGCAAUUUUAACCUGGGUUUCAGGAUUCCUGUGGCUAUUGCCUACCGCUGGCUCCUAUGCGAAAUUAAUCGGGUUCGCGAUGACUGGAAGGGUUCUUUCGUCACUCGGUAAUAUUGCAAUUGGUGCUUUCUCUUUAUAUAGUGUGAUUGAUGACCCUAGCAGUGCUAUGUUCGUCCUGAUGGGGCUUAUGGCUGGAGCUGAAGCCCGUGCCGUUAGAGGAAACGUCGGAAAGAUGGCUAUCAUUCGACGGGCUAUGACUGGUGCCGAAAACGCCUUCCUCGGCCAGUGGCUUGUUGACAGGACACUUCUCCUCAGAAAUUUGAUGAAGGUACUAUAA